GAAGAAGAACAAGAUGGCAGAAGCUACAAAAGUUCCAAAGAGAUACGGCUCAGUUAUAAAAUUGAAACAAGGGAUGUACGAUCAAUACAAAAAGCUUCAUGCAGCCGUAUGGCCCAAGGUUUUAGAAAGAAUAUAUCAAAGUAAUAUCAGAAACUACACUAUUUACUUUGAUAAACACAAUAAUGUCCUUUUCUCUCAUUUUGAAUACAUUGGUGACAAUUUUGAUGCUGACAUGGCAGCAAUAGCAUCAGAUCCAGURACRAUACAAUGGUGGAAAGAAUGUGAACCUUGCCAGGAAUCCUUUGAGUGGUCUGGACCUCCCCCGUCGGAGGGUGGGACAGGAGGAAAUUGGUGGGCUCCUUGUGAMGAGAUGUUCCAUGAUGGACAUCAUGCUACCAGAUAUUCUUGACGUUGGUAUUUAAUCCUUACAUUAAAUUAGAAAAAUCAGAAAGUGGAUCACCUGACAACUUCGUACUCAGGCCCUUGAAUUAGGGCCUGGGGAUGAGGGCUUGUGGACUGCUCGAUUGCAAUAAUUAUUGUAUUAAAUAGCGUAGAUAGGGUGAAUUGCAAUAUAAAACCAUUAUAGUGCUCACUAUAUAGGAAAUGCAGAGUAUGCCCAUUAGCAUGGAAACCAUUUUUUCAUUUAUACUCAGGCAGCCCAAUAUCUUUUUUUUUCUUUUUCAAGUGCUUGAACUGCAGGCACACUUAAUUUGGUGCCUUGAUCUGUUGUGUGUCCCACACCAUCAUCCUGUUCUUUCUACUUCGUUAUUGUUUUUAUCAUAUUUUUCUUUAUUUUAGUUAUUUUUAUGGUGACAACUAUUACAAUAWAAUAACCAUUCAUUUAUAAAACAAUUUUUUUUAAUUUGUAUAAAAUAACAAUUUCUAGUAGUUAAUAAUAAAAUAUGGUACUGUSUCUUAUUGUA